CGAUCACUGUACGCGGCAAAUCGAUCUGGAGAGAUAAUUAAUUCGGAUGAGGCGGAUGAGACACCGCGAUAUUUCGGAGCGAUUUUUCGAGAGAAAGAGAAAAAGAGUGAAAAGCGCGUGAAUCAUUUCUCGAUAUAAUCGUAGUUAAAGGGCAGAGGUUGCCGAGUAUCGAAAAAGAGGGAUAAUUACAGUCGCGGCAAAGCUCUUAGGGGAGUGAGACGCGGAGGCGAAUGUGCAAGGGGAUAGAUCGGUUGAGAUGUUUAUGCAUCUCCUCUAGAAGAUUUAUGUAAAACGCUCUAUAAUUAAUCAUCGGAGAAAAAAAUAAGUUGACGAAGAGGGGGAGAGAGAGAGAGAGAGAAGAGAGAGAGAGAGAGAGUAGAGUAAUUAUCGCGUAGAAAAAAAACCGAUGCUCCGACUUUGAAAAUCUCGAAGGGCGCACGGUGUCUUGCUAUUUUGCCCUUAACCCUUCCGUGAAUGAAGAAAAGUGCAAGGGUUUACUUUGGAACGACGCAGGAUUUGUCGACGUGAUAUCGGAUUCGUGGCGUUCUCAUAUUCAAGGAUAUCUCGUAUAUCUUUAGCGACUUUACUGAUAAUCGCGUCAUACAAACCAUAGUUUUGAGUCGCUUGAAGAGACAUUCCGGAAAUCACACAUGGUGCGACAUUUUCAAGAUAAAAAUAAAUUUUAUGAAUAAAUGCUUCUACUAAUACACGCACACACUCGUGUCUAGCAUUUAAAAAAUGCAAAAAUUGCGAUAAAAACAAUGCCCACAUAUCGUUGUACUUUGUGAUCAAUAAGUGAGAUAUAGACUUUACAAAGCUACAGAGAAUAAUUCGUGGAAAAGGAAGAAAUUAGCGGGAAACCCGGAGAAUAUAUAAUUAGAAGAUAAUCGUCAUUAAAAGGCGAAAGCGCCGGGUCGUGAUUAGUGACGAGAAGAUACAGUGGUAGCUGUGAUAAUUUGAAAGGAUGGCAGAAGACUCGCUUCGCCGGAAAACCAGAUCGGCUUCGAUUUGUGCUCCGGGAUUUUCCAGUAUGGAACAAAUGCUGGAGGCUAUGCCACCCUCGGGAGCCCGCGAAAGGGAGAGAGGAGAACGGGAAAGGGACAGCGGCAGUGGAACACCAGAUAGUAGUACACCCACGAGAAGACGCAGACCAGCUACGAGAUCCCAGAGCGCCCGUGUUUCCGGCGGAAAUAAAAGCAUCCGUCGCCGUGCUGCCGCCCAAGCUGCUGCCCAUCAUCAUCACCAUCAUCACGAGGGAACCAUGAAGUCGGCCCACUGCAGUAGCGAGCCGAAAUUGACCGAGAAUGACAUCAGUCCAGGAAUCAGGAGACGAGGUAGCCGACGAGGGCAGAGCAUGCAUCACACGCAUCAUAGGAAGAGCAACGCCUUUCUGGAUGUGCCCGAUGUCUCGUCUCAGAUGCCACCGCGGGAGGAUGGCGAAGAUGAGGAUAGUUAUAGACUCCGUAGCUUCAGUCUCACCAGCAAAGGUGUCGUCAACAGAGGAGAUUCUUUCCGGAGAAGAAGAUCGAGAUCAAAUUCCUUGGCGCCUGCCGAGAAAGAGACUGAGGAACGGCGAGCACCGCCUAAGGAAGUCGCCUCGCACACUGUCGCUAUGCUGGGCACAAGAGGAGUUGGGAAAACCGCUCUUAUCAGUCAGUUUAUGACCAGCGAGUGCAUAAAUGCCUACGACAGACAGAGAGAUGUGCCGAGUGAGCAAUCUGUUUUCGUGAUGCUGAAUGGGGAAGAAAGCGAGCUUAAGUUUUUAAACAUCGCCAAUCCAAAGACCGAAUUGGAAAAAAUGCCGUUACCGGAUGCCUUCGUCGUAAUGUAUUCAGUGAUCGACAAGGCUUCCUUUCAAAGGGCCGAGGAAUAUCUCGCUCGACUUCACGAUCAAGACCUUCUUCGUGGUAGACCGGCUAUUCUGGUCGGGAACAAGGUCGAUUUGGUUCGUUCCAGAGUGGUUUCGCCCCAGGACGGAAAGUGCUUGGCCUGCACCUAUCGUGCGAAAUUCGUCGAAGUGUCGGUGGGCAUCAAUCACAAUGUCGACGAGCUUCUAGUCGGCAUACUAAAUCAAAUCCGUUUGAAAGUGGUCCAGGGUAACCAAGAGAACCGAAACAGCGGUAGCGAAGGGAGCGGUCAUUGGUACAAGUCUAGAGGCGUUGUGCGCGCAAGCAUGAAAGCUAGACAAAUGCUCACUUGGCUCUUCGGCAAGGAGGAUAGCAAGUUUAAGAAUUGCGAGAAUCUUCACGUACUUUAAGCAACAGCGAUAAGAAAUUGGAGUCAGGCUAUCCGACUUCUGUUUUAUUAGUACGUAAGUAUGAUGUGACUUGGAAAAAGCUUCUUUCUCGAACGGAAUUCUAUUAUUAUAUAAUUUGCGCUCGUCGAGAAAUUUUUGUGCGUUUGGAGAAAACAAAGUAAAAAUUAUGAGAAUGUAGUUUGAGUGGAUGAAACGGAUGCGUAUCUGAAACAAUACGUAGUUUAAAGCUUAGAGUCGAACGUCAAGUCUUCGCAAUCAAUAGAAUUUAUGAGAGUAUUUCGUUAUCCUGUAGGAAGUACGAAUGGUCCGAGGACCAAAAUGGAUACAAUUAGUAUGGGGUGAAUAAAGUGCCAAUUAGUGCAAAUUAACGCGAAUGGCGUUUAAGGAGAGGUCUGAAAGCGGAGAAAAUGUCGCUGGAUUUCGCGCCCGUUCAACUAGAAUUACAUAGUGAGAAAUGUGAAUGAUUAACCCUUUCCGUUUCAGAUGCAAGAAGGUAUCGUUUUUCAGCAACUUCCUUGACAUAAACUUUGUCUUCCUACAAAACCGUUUAAUUCUUUUUUGUGUUAAAAAAUUAAGCAGUAUUAUCAAAUUAUUCGCGACACUUUGAUAAUUUAUAUGCCACUUUUUUCUAGAUAUUAUUGGUUGCUGACAUUUUAUGAUCGAUAGUAAUUAUCGUACAAUUUUCUAGUUCCAUACUUAUAAUGAGCGAGCUCCAGCGAAACAAACGCUUACAUGUUACAUCAACAGAAUAUAAAAACUGGCAACAAUCAAAGAUUAACAAUGCAAUCAAAAGUUCAAAUCAAUCGUGACGAUAAGAAAGAUUUAAACUGGACCAUGGCGUGAACCUGUCGCCGUUAAGUUUACGACCUUAUUGUAUAAUAAGACCAAUUACUUAAUCUUUUUAUGUACAUGUACAUAAAAAUAGUAUGUACAUAUAUAUACGAAACUUACAUAUAAGCGUAUACUUGUGCAAGCAUGUUCUAUACAAAUGUACACACAUGUGUAUUCUUAAUCUCCCGUUGACGAGUGUCGAUUCUACCACGUGGCGGCAUUAUGUUGUUGCAAACAAAAUACCGCUGCUAUUCUUGCAUCAUUAAAUUGUCCUUUAUCGCGAAUGCGUUAUUAAUUUCUCUUGUUCAAAUGGACUUCCUACAGUUUGUUAUUGUAUUACGGCUAACUUUAUGCAAUAUGCUAAUGUUAUUCGACAUUAAGUUUUGUACAUAAAAAUCGUGAAUAUAUUUAUUAUAAUUAGGUGAAAUAUAUAUAAUGAAACAUUAUCAGUACAUUAUACGGUACGUUUUUAAUCUCAUGACAGACUACAUAUUGGAGAUUGAGGAUUGCAGAAUUGGAGAUUAGAAUGCGAUCAAUAAGGUUACCUCAAUCUUGGUCCACUUUGUCUUGAUCAGUCUUGAUUAAUCGAAUUCCAAUCUCCAAUUCGCGAUCUACAAUCUCCAAUACAUAAUUUGAUAUGAGCUUUAUGCUAUUAAAUCCACAUAUCGAGUAUAAGAUUUUUAUCAUUUUUAUCGUAAAAAAGAUAAUUGCAUUGAGUACGUUUAUAUUUCGAUCCCAAACAUGAAAAAAAUUGUAUUAUACAACUGUGUAUUAAAUCAUUCUUAUUCGACAGUUAUCUAAUAUGAUAUGUGAUCUAAUUCUAUAAAUUUCCAAAUUAAAUAUUUUAUUAAUUACAUUUUUUAUAUCUAUUAUAUAUUUUAUACCAAAUAUUAUAAGAAACCAAAUAACAUGUAAUUUACUAAUGCGGCAUUUUGUGUACAACAUUUUGUCGCGACGGAAAUAAAAUCUUUCGCGUCGCGCGUUUUCUCGCGCGCGAUGCGAGAGAGCGCGUACUGUGUAUCUAAAAACUAUAGUCUUCUGCAGAGAGAUAUCCUUUUCGAAUCUUUAAGGAGAGUGUCUAUAAAAACUGUCUAUUUUCUGCGACUCUAUGCCUGUGUAUCCGAAUUAUACGAAUGUAGCAUAAAAUCAGAAUGCAUAAAGUUGUAUACCCAUAUGACGGGAACAAUGCGCCAAUUUGACGUGCAACCUUGCUCUUCUUGUGUGAAUAUUUCAUCGUCCUUCGGCUAUAUGUAAGAAAACUUAACGUUUCGGAUUACAGUAGCAAAUUACAGACUUCCUUUUUCUCGUUACAUAAACGUUUUGAAAAGUGUUUUGACUCUUAAUGAUUCAAAUAAAAAUUAAGAAUUUUCCUCCGGCAUUCUUCGUUAUCAUCAUCAUUAUCGUCAUGCAAUUAAUCGAUCGUUAGUGUUAAGUGUGCGAGAUGCGACAAAAACGCGUUGUGUGAAUUUUGUGUUUAAGGAGUUUAUCCCGAAAUGUCUCUCAACGAGAAGCCGAAGAUUCUUAUCAAGUGCCUUUGAAUAUUUUUGUAAUUUAAGCUAACUUGGUGUAAGCCCCAUGAGUAUAUCGCACUGUAUAAUCUAUUAUUAUACGUAUAUCAUAUUAUCGAUA